AUGGCCGCGGAGCCAAUUUCUGACCAGCUUCUCGGGUCUAAAAACAAGAAAGUUGCCUAUUUUUACGACUCCGAUGUGGGCAACUACGCCUAUGUCUCGGGCCACCCUAUGAAACCCCACCGCAUACGCAUGACGCAUAGCUUAGUUAUGAACUAUGGCCUCUACAAGAAAAUGGAGAUAUAUCGUGCAAAGCCUGCGUCAAAAUAUGAGAUGACUCAGUUCCACACGGACGAGUACAUUGAUUUCUUGUCCAAGGUUACACCAGACAAUAUGGAUCGCUUCUCGAAAGAACAGAGCCGAUACAACGUGGGUGACGACUGUCCAGUCUUUGACGGCCUAUUCGAGUUCUGCGGAAUUAGUGCUGGAGGCAGCAUGGAAGGCGCAGCACGACUGAAUCGCAACAAAUGUGACGUCGCUGUCAACUGGGCUGGUGGUCUGCACCACGCCAAGAAAAGUGAAGCGAGUGGCUUUUGUUACGUGAAUGACAUUGUCCUCGCAAUCCUUGAGCUUCUACGCUUCAAGAAACGAGUCCUUUAUGUCGAUAUUGAUGUUCACCACGGCGAUGGUGUCGAAGAGGCCUUUUACACGACCGAUCGUGUCAUGACUGUUUCAUUCCACAAGUACGGCGAGUACUUCCCCGGCACCGGUGAGCUUCGUGACAUCGGUGUAGGGCAGGGCAAACACUAUGCAGUCAAUUUGCCUCUGCGUGAUGGCAUAAAUGACGUCUCAUACAAGAGCAUCUUUGAGCCCGUUAUCCAGGGUGUAAUGGAUUGGUACCGGCCGGAAUCUGUGGUUCUGCAGUGCGGUGGUGACAGCUUGUCUGGUGACCGUUUGGGUUGUUUUAACUUGAGUAUGCGUGGACACGCCAAUUGCGUCAACUUUAUCAAAAGCUUUGAUCUACCGACCUUGAUACUUGGCGGUGGCGGCUACACCAUGCGCAACGUUGCUCGGGCCUGGGCUUAUGAGACCGGCAUCCUCGUUGGAGAGAGCCUUGGAUCGGAUCUACCUUACAAUGACUACUAUGAGUACUUUGCUCCUGACUAUGAACUCGAUGUCCGUCCUUCCAACAUGGACAACGCCAACACCAAAGAAUAUCUUGCCAAUGUUUGUAACAAGGCCAUGGAAAAUCUCAAGCACACGACCUUUGCUCCUUCGGUACAGAUGACAGGUAUACCACGGAAUCCCAUUUUGGAUGACAUGAAUGACGAGGCCGAUGACUUUAUGGAUGACCUUGACGAGGACGAAAACAAAGACAAGCGAUUUACUCAACGACGAUUCGAUAAAUGCAUGGAAAAGGCCGGCGAGCUUAGUGACAGUGGAGACGAAGAAGAAGAGUUAGCCAAUGGUAUUCGCCGCCAGUCAGGCACUAUACGUCGCCGUAAUCGACUCAGUUACCGAAACGUCGAGCCGGAGUCUAGGCUAGACAUCGUUCGGACCUCGAUGCAGGAUACUUCGUCUGCGGGUGAUACGGACAUGGAUCUCGUCCGCGCUUGA